GCGGGGCGGCGGGGGCGCUCGGGCAGGAGGCGGUGGCAGCCCCGCUAGCACAGGAAGUCGCCCCGCCGAGCAAGGAGGGAGGAGGCGGAGCUCUGCCGCUCGGCCCGAGUGAUUUUUGGAUUGAAAACAAUGGGUAGAAAAGAUGCCUCUACAGCAAGGACUCCUGUUGACCAAUACAGGAAACAAAUAGGAAAACAAGAUUAUAAGAAAACCAGGCCUAUGUUAAGAGCUACAAGAUUAAAAGCAGAGGCCAAGAAAACUGCACUAGGCGUAAAGGAAGUUGCCCUUGUCCUUGCAGCUAUACUGGUAUUUUUGUUGGCUUUCUAUGCUUUCUUUUAUCUUAACAUUUCCAAUGAAGUUGACCUCGAUCUGGAUCCAGAUGAAAACUAGCAGAUGCAAUGAAUCUAUCAUCAAGACUUCUUCAGCUUGAAAAAGACUACAUAGGAACACACAGUCCCUUCACUGUGAGACAGUAAAUGAUGCCAUUUCUUGCAGUCUAAAUUCAUAAGAAAGUUUUGCAAUACAUCAGUCACUUUUACAUUCCAGAUCUCCAAAACAGAAGAAGAACACUCGUGCCUGGCAAGUGUAUUUGGUUAACGCCAAAGCCAGGAGCAGCAGUACAAUACAUGAAGUUUAUUGUUUAGUUUAUUGUUUACAUUGUUUUUUUCUCAGGCAGAGAACUUUGAUGUCAAAAAACAGGUGCUGUUAUUAUCAUGGGUAUUGAUGCUGACUUCACUAGAGGAGAGUCUGCCUUGACUGAAUUUAGGAAUCAAAGCUUCCUAAUAGACAAAUUAGUUUCCUUUCCUUUCCCAAAAGAAAGCAGAAAUACCAAAUAAAAAGUCUUUUCUUGAUUUGUAUUUAAAACCUAUCAAAAACCCCUCAUCUUUUCUCUCCCUUUUUCUCUUUCUUGUGCAUGUGUGCACACGCACAAAGAUGGAAGAAAUUGUAGGAAAAAAAUAUCUUUUUAGAAGCAGUCUGUCACCUCCUAUAUGGACUUGAUUUUGUGUCAUCCCAGAUUCUGUGUGCCCAUAUAUCUGCAGUAAUCUUUUUCAUUCUUUUGCCAACUGUUCAGCACACAUGUGUUCUGUCAGAAAUGGCACCUGGAUGACAGAAGCUCUAACAUUCGCAUAUGCCUCUGAAACACAGUUCUUUGCCUCCUGUGCUGUCUGAACUAGUGUAAAUAGAAAGUUCAGUCGAUGUUCGUUUUAAUUAGUGUAUUGCUCUAUUAUUAAUGUAAAGUCAAAAUUGUAUUUUAAUUAUACUCUUCCUGCUGGUCGUGGUAUCAACUUGCUCUACCUGUUAGGGGGAUGUUGUAAAAAAAUGACUUUCCUGUUAUACAAUCAUUUUAAUAAUCGAUCUAAUGUAAGAAGUUGUAAGUAUUAAGAAACCUUUUUCUAUUCAUGUGUACUAGUAAUUGGGAAAAUCUUGGCUCCAUGACAUCCUUCAGUUCUUGCAAGGUACCUUUCAGCAUAUGCACUGUAGAUAACAUUUCUGAUCCCUUUGAUAACACCAAGACACUUGAAGAAGUUGGGAUGACAAAGCAGCUGCAGGAGGCUGUAAAAUUCUGGCUUCAUCCUGUUCUACUUUGGCUUUGGCAUAUUGCUGAGCUUUUGGUUAUAAAGGUUCAGUUUUGAUCCUUUUACAAAUGUGGUCAGUCUUUCUUUGCUUCGGAUUCACUUUGAUACCAAGAAAAAUGUAGAGACAUUGGUGCUGAAUGGGUCAAGAGAGUUAGGCAGAUUGGCUUCCUGAAAAGUUAUAAUACUGAAAUUAUAUUAGCAAAUUAGCUUGGCUUUAUCUUUGAUACCAAUUUCAGGGCUGAAUGUUAGGCUUAGUUGCAACUGAGAUGUUUACUGACUGGUUCCGUAAAUGCCUGACUGAAAUUUCAUAUAGUGAUUUUUAAGACAAAGAGAUACAAAUCAUAGCAAAUAUUAUAAUGGAGAAUGUAUUUAUUUUAAAUUGACACAGUCCCAUUAUCACCACUUAAGGAACUUAGAUCAAUACAGUUAAUAUUUAAACCAUACAGUAACUAUGACCAUAUACACUCUGAGUCUCUAAGGAUCCACUUCUUAUCUGUCAUACUUCUCAUUCACUUUAUGCAAUGCAAAACAACUCCUCUAGAAAUUCGGAGUACAAGUCUUCCAAGAAAAAUAUGAACGAGAAGCAUAAACAUGUAAGUGCAAAUAUUUCUCAUUUCUACUUAUGACUGUUACAGACACAAAAUGCUAACAUUUAGGUAUUCAUAUGACUUAUAGUCCAUUAAUACUCGUACACAUGACCAAAUGCCUAGCAACAUGUUGCCUUUAUAGUGAAGCAUUAUCUGACACAUGGCCUGACUUUCAGUGGAGAGAAAAGCAUAUCACAAGCUGUCUCCUUGGAUGUGACAUGCCUUUCACUUCAUCAGUGCCACACCACAUGUCACAGAAGCUGCAGACCUCUCCCGUUGCUUUGCAUGAGCAAUUUUCUUGCUCCAUAAAAUGCUGGAAGGAUUUCUUUCUCAAUGUCUGCAUGUAGUGCACUGAGUAAUGUGUGGUCUGAGAAAGAUGCGUAGUUACCCCUCCAUGCCGGUUGUCUCAUAACCUGCCUUCUCAAUUUGUUUCAUUAAAAAGCAAGCUAUUCUUACUGUCAAAUUUGUGAACAUGACAUUCCUAGAACAGGAGGAUUGCAUUUCCCAUAAUUAUGACUCACAAACAAAAUCCAAAGCACGUAUAAGUGUGACUGAAACAGCCUCCUGGAUUUGUGGCUUCUGGGUCCAUAUUGCCCACAAGUGUCACAGUUUCAAGUUUGUCUGUUGACUUCAUUUAGGUUAGGACUUUCCAUUUGCAUGAAAGAUAUUAUCAUGUAACAGGAAAAUUUCCUUUUGCUUAGAUAAACUGAAUGUUCAGUGCAUAUAGAAAUACAUGGUAAAUAUUGCAGUAAAUACACUUUUUCUUUUAACAGUUCAAUAAUUUCUAAUGGUACUAUGUCAAUAGUUAUUUAAAGCUAAAAGCUCCCAAUUUUCCUCAAAUUGUUCACCCUUGGUUUUCUAAAAGGCACAAGCACAACCGUAUUAGCAAUGAGGUCUGAUUCUGACUUUACUAAUUUAUUAUUUCCCUGAGUUCACUGAAUUUACAACUUAUUUACUCCAAGGGUAAAUCAGAAUCCAACCUGAAGUUAUUUCUGCUUUCUGGAGCACUACAUUGUUCGUGUCUGAUGUUUUAAAGUAGAGACUAAUUUUAAUCUUGCAAACAUGUGGCUUGUUUUGCCCUUAUUAUAUCUGAGAUUGGUUUUUGGACCACCUCUCUUUGUAUGAGUUGCUCAGUGUCUAUUUUAGCAAUAAAUGUAUUUUUACUAUUUUUGUGCUCUUAUUAAUGUCAGAUGUGUCACACUGAAUUAUAUAUACAUUUGAAAGGAGAUUAAAGCAAUCUAAGCAGCAAAAUGUUCAAAUGUGAGCGGUGACACUCACAAGUUUUAGAAGAUCUGGAUAAUUGUAGGCAGUUCUAGCCUCAUAUUAAAACUAAGUGUAACCUUUGAAUACUACAAUACUUUGAAUACAAUAAAGAAGAGAACUUUCCUUGGCAUCCUACCCAACACCAAUAGAGCAGUUCUCUUUCUGCAGACAAAGUUGUCCUGUGUAGCAUCCAUCAACUUCAGACAGAUUUACUCUCGUCUAAAAGUAAUAUUUUUACACGGUUGUUUCAAAGGAAGAUUGCUGAUCAAACAAUUUACACAGCAAAGCUCUCUUUAUGGCACAGGUUUUUUCAAGGAUAUCAAUCUCUGGGUGAAGGGCUAGACUACAGUAUUGUUGUUGCUCUCUGCUUGUGAAGUAAACUGAAUUUCUUUCUAGCAGAGGCUGUUGAGGAGAUGCCUGUAAGACGUCCGCAUGCUGUGGGUGGGAGUGGAUAGUCUAGAAUAAUCUCUGUCUAGGAACAUACACCAGUUUUCCAGCAGUGAUUUUGCCCAGUAAGUCUUUCCUCAGCACUUCUCCUUUUCCGUUUGAUCCUGCAGAAGCAGAACCAGCUUGCAGACCAUCUCAGGACAGAAGCCUCAAUAUAGUAGUUCUACUAGAGCUGCUGGUGAACAUUGCCAAGGAAAGGCUUUAACUCUGUCUCCUGGAGUCCAUAAACAUGUUUAACUGGAAGCUUAGGAGGCAUGUUAAGCAUUUCCCUAAUGGACCCUAGAGAUACAUUUAAACUUUUCUUGAAGAACGCUUUAUUUAAAGUUCACUGUUGCAUAUCAUAUAGACAUCAUGCGCUUCAGGAUCUGUCAUAGCUCCUUCCAUGCAUCAGACCAGCCAUAGCAGAGACAACAGGUAGACUGUGGGAUUGUGCCGCAACACCUAACUGCAAACAUACACAACAUGAGCAAACUCAUCUGGUUGGGUGUCAUCAAGAACAGUUGACCUAACAAGUUUUGUUUUAAAACUAAAUGAAGGCACAGUGAAAGUCCUACAAAACCACUUGUCCCAUUUCCCUGAAAAUUGCCAUCAUGGAAGAGGCUUAUCUGCUGACUUAGAGCCAAGUUUUGAAUGCUGCCCUUUCAGGGAAGAAAAUGUUGCUAUCACCUCCCAGUAAGGUGGUGAUUCAUUUUGCUUUGAUGCAGGAUUGUGCCUAUGAGGCACAACUGUGCCAGCUGGUGAAGGUCAAAUGCAUCCAGGACAAUUCUCAGUCAAGGGCUGUACUUGAAAUGCAGACUAGGCAAAUUGGAGUGCCAACAAACAGGAUACUACAGAUCUUGAUCGUGUUUCAAGUUUUACUUACAGUAGCAUAAUAAUGACUGGUGCUUAUGACUAAGAAAAUAACAAUAUGGCACAUCAAUAAGACAGCAGAAAUAUGAUGCUGGAACUGCUUCUUAAAAGAUUUUGUAGUGGAUUAUGCUUGCACUUUGGGAAAUGAAUCCAUGAGAUGAAUAAACUGGCAAAGAUUGUCUGUGAUCUUAUGCUUACAAUAUUUUUUCCUGAAAAAGCCAAGAGAGAUAUUUUGCAACACUUUUCCCUUUCCUCUUAGUUUGCUGUAAUACGUUCUUGUGUAGAUGGAUUCCUACACUUUUCCAAGAGUGGAAAAAUAUUUUUGUAGUUCAUCAAUGCAUUUAAUUGUCAGAAUCCUCUAGUCUUUCUUUUAUACCCCCUUAAUCACAACCAAAUUGGUGGGGAGACAGCCAAAAUGUUAGGUACCAGUGUCUCUCAAGCAGAUGUCACACCAUUAUUUUUUAGCUUGCUUAAAUGAAUAAACAUGUUAAACUGUGAAGUAUUACAUUUUAGAUUUUUUCAUUAAAAAAAAAGAGGGACAAUCUGUUUACUGUCCUUAAUUGAGACAACAAUCCUGGUAGCUGCCAGUUUUGGCAGUUUUAAUGAUGAACUAUAAAUAUUGGGACAAAUCAACUAACUGGUGAUUGUGAAAGAUAGUUCAAGUAGAAGCUUCAUUCUGCAUGAAUGCUUUUUUCAGUGCUAUAAUUUUUUCUAACUUCUAUAAUUGUUAUACUGGUUUUGCAUGCUAAAACCACAAAUAAAUACAUGACAAGUCAAACAGUG